AACGCUUCCAUAGAUCAUUUGUGCCUCCAGAGUCGAAUAAUUCUAUGGUUUCAUAUUUAUUGCAAUGCUGAACUUUGCACUAGGUUGAUGCCUGUUUUUCUCUUUUCAGAACUCAUGUCUCUGCAUCUUUCAUCCUACUGCCUUUGUCUAUCAGUAUAUUCAUAGAUAUCUGUAACGCUUGUGAUGCAUGCCUUAGUUUAGUUAUACAAUUAUAAUAAGCGAAUCUUCAUUAACUAUGGAUGUUUCUUCGUCUACAGUUCCCGACAGCUCGCACGAACGAAGCGCAGCAACAUCUACCAAUGGCGCUUUAAGUGUUCUCAAUCUGACCAAUCAAAAUUUGAGAAAAAUUUUACUGCCUGAUGAUGCCGCGAACGGAGUUGUGAAAAAAGUGAUGCUGGACAAAAACCAGAUCAUCAAAAUUGAGAACCUUGAAAUUCUUGCCAAUACGUUAGAGCAAUUAUCAGUGGCGUCCAAUAGAUUAGUUAGAUUAGUAGGUCUGUCAACGCUCAUAAAUUUGAAAGUUUUGAAUGUUCCUCAUAACAGCAUUGCAGUUAUAGAAGGACUGAACCAAUUGAAAAAUCUGGUUUGGCUGAAUUUGAGCAAUAAUAACAUCAAGUCACUGGACGGGGUGAGUCAUAACACGAAUUUAACUUAUCUGGACCUGUCUCAUAAUAACUUGACGGCGCUUAGUGCAGACGUGAAAUCGUUGACCCGACUCAAAACUUUGAUGUUGCAGGGUAACUUAAUAAAUUCUCUCUCAACAGCGCCUCAAUGCUUGCCUAUGAGCAUAACGACACUCUCCCUAGCCGAAAACGAAGUCUCAGACCUCUGCCAUUUCUGCUACUUGUCAUGUUUGCCAAAAUUGGAACAAUUGACUGUUCACAAGAACCCCUGUGUUGAGUUUUGUCUGAAUAAACUGGACUAUAGACCUUAUAUCCUAAAUUGGUGUCUGAAUUUGAGCAUGUUAGAUUCGUCACCAGUUACGCACAGAGAGAGCUUAAAAGCUGAAUGGCUCUACACACAAGGAAAGGGUCGAAAGUUCCGACCGGGAGAAAUGAACACGUUAAUUGAUUAUCUGAAAACUCACUGUCCCCUGAACAGUUCUGAUCCACAGUCGGAACCAGAAGAGAACAGCGAAGACAUCAGAUUGUCGAGAGUGCUGAACAAACAGCUGAAGUACCAGAAACAAUUACACAGCAACACUGCUUCGUCCAAUACAUCAAGGGCCGAAAUGGGAGGUGGAGACCGAGGUGUUUACAGGGUAUCUGAAAGUGCAGUGGCUAUAAACGGGGAUAGGAGAGUGGACGCGACACAGAAUUCGCUGGACGAGUUCUCCACUUUAACUGUGGCUCCCUUUGCAAAAAGAGCUCCUGUGCGGAAUGACGAAAGCCUAAAGCGUCAACAGGAAGGCACACCAAAAAGAAACGAUGCUGAAGCAAGUUCAGUACAACCCUCAAGCAAUAUUCAAUCUUCAACUACUCAUCGACCAGGAUUACCUGCCAAUCACGGCCAUUCUUCACAGUCAAGACAAUUUCUCAGUCAUGUAGAUGACGAGGAAAUCGAGGAGGAACUGGACUUGAGUGACGCUGGAUUAUCUGCUGGCUCAUCUCUACUGGUGUCAUCCAGUUUUCUCCUACCAGCUCAAAGUCCGCCCGCUAUCCCAUUGGCAGAGAUUGAAUCGAAUGUGAGAAACUCGAGACAGACUACGCUUGCUGCCACAUCCAAUCUAGACGAAGUGUCAUUUUCGGAGUUAAUGCCCGGGCCAGACCUCCCUCCUGUCCCAGCUCCAGCUCACACUUCUCCCAAUGACGUCAUAUCUAUCAUACGAGCAUCGCCUACACCUGCAAAUCAACAGAAGCAAACAUCAAGUAUAGUAUCGGACUUAGUAACACACAAUAACAAAGAAUCAAGCAACCGACAAGUUCGUUCAUCUAGAGAUAUGCGCGUUAAACCGAAUCGAAGCGAGGUACGAAUAUCAAAUGAAUGCCAAAGCCCUGUGCAAAUACAGUUUGGCAAUCGUAUUAGAAACGCUAAUAGUACUUCAGGUCGACUUCAUUUACCAUCCGAUAACGCUUUAUUAGCUCUACUUACUGAAGCUGCGGUUAUCAUUCAAGCUAACUGGCGCGGGUACCUUUACCGAAAAUCGAAUUGGACUACAAUAAGAUUGACCAAAAAUUUAGCAAGUUUGCGAAUUCAAGUCCGACAUUUAACCGAAGAAAUUAACAAUAGCAGGAGUUUUCAAGCUAUCACUCUCCAACUUUUCUCGAAGAUCAUUUCACAGAAAAGUGUUGCGACUCAGAGUAAUAAACAAACAUUGAAUGAAACCUCAACACUACAACUGGACGCUGAUAACACCAAUGGGAGAAAAAACCGAAACGUGGAGCCUGCAUUAAAAGAUACAUUAAAUGCACUGCGUGAUGAGUUUUCUAGAAUGUCAUGUCAGUUCACGUCUGGAAACGGAGAUUCUCAGAUGACUGAGGCAAAUGACACUUCAACUAGUUCGCUGAGAGUAAUGUCGCUCACUGAAGAGGAUCUGAGUCAUUGGGGUUUGGAUGAUCAUUUGACCCAGCCGGACGAGGAAAAUGGAAAUGGCGUUGAGGAAGGUACAGGGAGUGUGCAUGAUGAUACAUUCACAGAAUCAGAACAGGUUGACCUCCUUUCUGCUUCUGCCCUCCUGUCGCCAACUGCAGUUAACGCUCCCACCAACGUCCGAGUGAAGAUCAAAGACAACUCGUCCCUUCUAAUUUCCUGGAAACACCCGGAACCCAACACAGGGACAAUGGGAAGCCCUUUGGAGAAUCUCGGUUACCCUCAAGUGUCAGUGCUAAGUUAUAAGUUGGUAGUCGACGGGGUCCCGAGAGGCGUGGUUUCAGCCGCGAAAACAAACGCGGUCAUUCAGGGUCUGGAUGUGAACAAGCAACAGUUUUCUGUCACUGUCAGAGCAGUAACGGCACUGGGCGAAUCAGCGGACUCUUUUCCCCCAAUUCAAGUUGGAGUCUCGCAAGAGCAGAGUUCAACUAAACAUACACUUUUAAAUAUCAAAACAACAAAAACGCAAGAUGACAUUCUGUUAAAUGUUAUGGAAAAUGUGAAUGAGCUAUCAUUGAAGGAUAAUAAUGCUACUGAGCAGGAACCUCUUAUGAAGUUUUCAACCAUCUUGAAAGAUACAAUCGCAUUUGAAGGAGAAGAGGUUAUACUUAAAGUCAGCUUAAGUGAUGAAGUUAAUAGUGAAGAUAUAAAAUCAGUGUCUUGGUUGAUGAACGAAAUUUGUAUCAAAGAUGAUCACCGCUUAUGUCAGGUUCAAAGCGGCGUGAACAGCUUCGAAUUACACUUGAACGAUUGUAAGUUAUCGGACGACGGAAGCAUAUCAUGUGUCGUAGAAAGUUUGGAUAGACGGAAGAUUUCUUCAUUUUGUCGUUUAGAAGUCAAGCCAUCUGAUAAUGACAAGAUAGAAAAACAAACGCAUUUAUCGAAGUCAAUUCAUUCGAUCUCUGAUGUCCAGAGUCCGUGUAACAGUCCGAAGUUGUCGAGGUCUCAGCUGCCAGCAUUCUCUACAGAAUUAAGCACUUCCCUCAUUAGCAAAUAUAGAUCGCUGGUCAGCUUAAAUCGGUCUGGUGAUUCGAAUAUAGACCGAAAUGUCGAGCAGCAGACAGAAACAACUAUCAAAGCUUGCACUAAUGAAGGUGAACCCGAGCAAACCUUGGAACAGGAGGAAAACGACCAAAAGGAGGAACAGGAAAUAAGCUCGAAUACUACCGAGCUGAAAAGAGACUCGACUCAAACUAGCUCUGCUGGUGUAGAUGUGUCAGUUAGUCGACUGACUACUAGAGUAGUUCCUAUGCCUCAAAGGAGCAAGUCGCCUCCUCUGAGGAGCACAACCUCCAGUCGAGGCGUUGCUUCGAAUGGAGUUACAACAGAAGACCACAAAUGCACAACAAAUGAAAGAUCAAACUGGCGGCAGUACUCGUCUUCGGUGACUACUGAACUAGCGACUGACGUCACCCAAUCGAUAUCUAUUUCGGCAUCCCCAGCCAAUACAUUACACAGUGGAAGUAGCUGCACGACUCAAAGUAACAAUGAUGAUAGCAGUAGCACUCAGUCUGGUCAAAGUAGUCCUAGUACGAAAGAAACGACAGAGGCAAUUGACGUUGCAUCCAAAACUGUCCAUGAGGUCAAGGUCAACAACCGUGACCAAAAGGACGAAACCGUAGGGAGUGAAGACUCAUCGGAAUCGAAGGUAGCCACUUUGACAGCAAUUGAAAAUUUACAAGAAGAAGUCAGUACAAACAGCCCUCAGAAAGCUGCACCUCAUUGUCGAAACACUGCAAUUAUACCAAAUUUUUUUGCCAGUUCGCCUCUGAGUGAUGAAAAGCCGAAGAUGAAUAAAACGUUUACGAAAAGCACACCAACUUUUGUUGGAAUUGGAAGCUUGGGAUUGUCCAAGGAACCGGCACGGUACGCCAAAAUGAAAAGGACUCGGUAUUUUUCACAUUUGGUCAAAGAUGCCCCCUACUAAACAAUGAAUUUGAACUCCAGGCUAACAUAAUUUGAUGAGUUUUUUUUUUAAAUAUCAUUUUGAAAUGAAUUGCGUGCUUGAAAUUUAUCAAAUUUGCUCCUUAUUCUGAACCCAUCUGUCAAAAUGGUUGCUAGAUAAAAAGCUUAUACCAAAUUUCAUUUUUAAGCGUAAUGAACGUAGUGAGUACUUUCAUAUAGGUCAUAGUGAUUUUUUUUCAGGAAAUUUGUUGGCGCUAAGUUUUGAUUUUUCGCGGUUUGACUUUUGAUUUUUAUUUUUAAAUUCAGUUCAUUUCCUUUGUUAAAAGGAAGGCAAACUCCACUAUCGAACAGUAAAAGUAUAAGGUCCCGAAAAACGUGAUCGACUUCUAGUUUGGGAAGGUCAGAUUUCCCAGCGGAAUAAAAAAUUUAUCUAUUGUUCAGGAAAUUCAAGAAGCUUA